CAGAGCGCGAGCAUUUCCGGUAGGGGCAUUUUUUGCAAUUUCUUGGAAAUAGCUAGCUUUUGAGGUUGGAAAUAGAAGUCAUUGCAUUUGAGUCGUAGAGCCUUUUGACUAAAGACAUGGAAAGCUUACGCUGAUCUACAUAAGACAAAAUCGUCGAGAUGAAAUGCCCGAAUCCUAUUUGUGACCCACCGGAGUUUGUCAAAUCUCUGUUUGAAGCAGGAGUCGGACUCUAUUUCUGUCCCGCGUGUGGCGUUCCUCUCAAAGAUCAAUGCAGCAAAUCGGAAACAGAAUUAACUAAUGCCUCUACCACAGUGUCCCCAAACGACCAGUUGCCCCCUAAGCAAACAACUGAGGCCCGGUAUGCACCUGGUCCAGACAGUCCAACCCCUAGCCAGUCUACCCAAUCAUCGCAUGUAACUGUACAUGUGACUGUAACCAAAACCGCUGAAUUACAGACCCCAAUACCCAUCACACCUGCCCUUCUUGGAGUUUCCUCACACGGCUACAACAAUUCUUCAUUGCAUCCUUUGUCACCAGAAUCUCAGCAUCUGGCAGAAAUAGGGCAGAGUUCUGCAGAGGUGUUGCCUUGCACUGGAAACAAUGAAGCUCAAAGACUGAAAGAGGGUAGCUUGAAAGGAGAGGCUUUGGCUUCACAUGACCAUGUGGUUGCUGACAAGCAAGGGCCCAAGGCCUUUGUUCAUGAGAAGUUUCAAGAGAACCAGGGUGAAGUCUAUCAGAAGGUUCCUACUGAACAUGAUGAAGAGCCAUACAAAGAACUUGAGAAAGAAACGACUUGUGUCAGUGUUUCCAAGUCAAGUGAAAAGGAGAAGACAUUUGCAGCCCCUAAGAUACAGGAAUCAGAAAAACUUCUUGUGCAAUCUCAUCAAGCAGCAUCUGUUUAUUCUGCAGAUGGAACUGUCAUGUUGGGAAGAGAAAUUAAAACUCCACCAGGGUACAAUGUAGGGAACAAAGAAUACACUCUUACUUCAGGAAAUCUUCAAGAGAACAUCCCAGAUCUAAGAAAUGACCAAGAGAGCACCAAAUUUCCUAACAGUGAACAAGAGAUCAUAGAAUCAUCUGGUAAGCAGGGUGACACAACAUUUCCUAAACAUGAGCAAGAGAUCAAAGAAUCAUCUGGUAAGAAAGAGAAUACUGCAUUUCCUAAACAUGAGCAAGAGAUCACAGAAUCAUCUGAUAAGCAAGAGAACACUGCAUUUCCGAAACAUGGGCAAGAGAUCACAGAAUCAUUAGGAAAUAAGCAAGAGAAGAACACAUCCCCUAGACAUGAUCAAGAGAAUGUUCCUCAAAGUCUCACCAAUAAAACUGUAACUCUUUCACUUGAGCUAGAGAACACCACAUCUCCUGGACAAAAACCCGACAACUCCAUACUUAAAAACCACCAAAAAAAGUCAAGUAUUCCCUUGCAAGACAAUCAGAAAGACUCUGAGGUAGUAAAGGCAACAGCCACAGGGGAUGCAUCUCAUAGCCAUGAAAAAUCUGACCAAGUAUCAUCUGACACAGCACUUGCCGAUGUAAAAUCUGAUGUUAACAUACAACUGGAAGAUGGUGAGAGUGGCGCAUCAUCGAAAAAGGGAAUGACUAAACACGAGAAAAAGAAGGCCAAACGGGCACAGAAAAAACGUGAGAAUCAAGAAGCAAAGCGUCAGAAGAAUGCUGCUAAAAUAAAAGCAAAACAGGAAAAAGGAGCAAGUAAUGAGGAACAGAAAGCUUCUAAUCUACAACAAAACUUCGUUGAAGAUCAAAAGAUGGAAGAUGAAGCGGUCUCUAAAGAAAAUGCAACAAUUCCCCCACCGCCACCACGAGAUUUUGAUGAAGACUGUCUUACUGUUGUUUUCCAUGCCAUAUUGUCUCCCAAGUUUCCAUUUGAUCCAAAGAAAGAUUCGGUUCACCUGAGAUUUGGUCCCCAAGAGCUUGGCAAUUUUAAAUACAAUUGGGUGGAUGUUAGUGUAUUAAGGUGUGGUCAUAAAGAUUUACUUCGUCUACAUGGAGAGGCAAGAUUACCAGUCCGAUUUUUUGUUCCCCCAUCCCGCUCGUUUUCUUACAAGUACAUUGUGGCCACAUGCGACAAGAAAGACAUUAAUUUUGAGCAUCUGGAAUUUGAAGCAUAUGCCGGUGAAAUAAUUAAUCGUGAGCUUGUGCCAGGAAAGGGCAGCAUCAAGAAAGACGGCAUUUGGCACCAGUAUGACGGAUUCGUAUAUCCGCCCUCUAAGACAAGCUUCAGAGAAUGGCUUUCUAGUUUUUUCAAAAACACUGACGAGUUUGUCAAAGGCAGAGAGUGUGCUGCUGUCGAAUUUCUCCCGAAAUGGAAGGGGUUUGUGGCUGCUGGCAUGGAGCAAGACAAAGUAGAGGACAUUACUUUGAGUCAGGCGCUGGAUCAGAUACUAAUGAACAAAUAUUGCAUGUCAUUGGUUUGCACAAAUUCAGGACAUGGCCGCCGAGAUAGAAGGCCCAAGCUCGACUUUAAUAAGGUGCUUCGUGAAUUCCUCACUAGAAAGAUCCAUUCAAACACCUGCAACACACCAGGCAGUAAAGUAGAGCGUGUGGAUCGCCUUGUGUCCAGCCUUGGUAUUGCUUGUACUGCACGCAGACAUAACGUUAAGUUUGACAAAGCAACACUCUCAAAGCUUGUCCUCUGUCUGAGGGUUCUUCCUGAUGGGCAAGGAGGGUGUGAUUUCGAUGACAUUGAGAAGGAUACACCGAAAGAAAUGUGGGGGGAACUGGUCGAAGCAGUUCUUUACAUAUCGAACUGCGUACAUGAGUUGCUUAUUCAACCAUCUAUGAUUCUUCUAAUGGUUCCCGUCAUCCAUCUGCUGAGAGGGGACUGUACCCCAUUCAAAGAGCUUUCCCCAAGUUUGCUAGAAAGCAAAGAGAAAUGGUGCUUCUCAUCUAAGAUACCGGAGGUUAUUUGGCGGCCCUUCGAUCUCUGUGGUGGUGAAAUCAAGGAGAUGUUUCCCGUGGACCCGCUACUUCGCCGACUGUUUUUGUGCUCAAUUACUAUCAUUGAAGACUUAGCUGUAAUCAGCUCAGACGAGGCAUUCCCUGUUCACGAAGUCUGUAAUGUCCUGGCUGAUUGUCUUAAGCGAUGUCGACACAUAUACAGCAAUAUUCCUCAAAUCCAUGCAAGCUUGGAAAACCUAAGCUCCCGCGUUUCCUCUAUGAAUGACAUAACGGCAGGGGUGACAGCUCGCUCGGCACACCUUCUUCUUGUGGCUGUGUUGGAAAAACAAUCUUUCAAUGUUCCCGCCUCAGGUGAACCUGUUUUGUACUUGACUGCCAUCAAGCUUUUCGCCGCCUGUAUCAAGACAAUGAACAAGACAUCAAAAAGUUCGGAAGGAAAGAAUGGGCACAGGCAACUAAUGGAUGAAGCAGUCAAAGCCAUAAAAGAUACCAUAGAGAAGGAGUAUUACAAAAAGAUUGAACCUUAUUUAGGAAAACAAAAAGUCGAAAUAAAGACUUGGUCCAAACUUAUCGCCGUCGCGUCAAUGGACGAAGAAGACAAGCGCUACUGGGAUGACAGCUUGCUGGCGAUAUUUAUUUCUCGGGUUAAACAGCUUUCUGAUGACAAGAUUAUUGAGCUGUUUGGUGACCAACUACCAGAUGAUGUUACUCCUGUCAUUGUUGGAGCUGUCACUAUCGAGCUCUUUGAGGCAAUUAAGCGCAUUGUUGAGAAAGGAAGGGGUGGAAAAAUGUCGUUCGAGCUAUUGCAAAGAAGUUCUGAAGGUAGACAACGAACUAAGGUGCGAGAACUCCUCUCUCACAUGCUCGAGGAUGCCUGGCGUAAAGCCACCAAUGGAAAGUCCAAAGUCAUCGAGUAUGAUUUUCUGCAUCAUCUAUUCACCUGGAAAUCGUGGGAAGGAUUUCUGGAUUUUUAUGGAGCGGCUGCAAGUAGAGAAAUGUGGUCAGAUGAGGCGUGUAGAAUUAUGGAGAGAGCCAUUUCGAGUAUUGGACGAGUUCAAGAGUGUAUCUUCGAUGGGUCGAUUACUGUGAAGACCCUGAAGUUGGUCCAGCAACACUCAGACGACUUCAUCCACCUUUAUUGCCUUGUGUCUAAAAAUGAUGACAAGCUGCCCUCUGCGAGGUCUGUAAAAGAUAACCUACGACAGCGGACGACAGAACUCGGGAUAUUUGAUGAACUCAGGAAAGAGAUUUCGACCUACAUCAAGCUCUGUUCUUCUGGAAAGGAGAAAGAAACUUUCGAACUGAAGUCUCUAAAAGCAAAAACAUCUGAAGACAUUUUAGAGCGAUCCAUGUCAGACUUGUUUACAUACCCAGAGACGAGCACUACUCCAUCCAAAAACAUAUUCUUGGAAUUCUUUGGCCUAUCACCGAACUUUCUAGAAAUGCUGCCUCUUCUGACGGUUGCCUUUGAGAGCCAAUUGUUCCAAGUUUUCUGGGUUAAACAUUGCAAGAAGGCGACCAAUCAAAAGAGGGAGAAGAACGAAAUGCUAAGUGGGCGCCUGACACUGGAAGAUGUCUAUGGUCAUGUCUGGUCGCCCUCAUACUCAGAGUGGCAGAGUACAGGUCGGGGACUGCUCGAUGGGUCGAGCACUCUUCGACAGAUAGACAAAUUUUUCAGAGAUCAAUUGAAGGCUGAUGAUGUGGAGAGAGAACUUAGAAUUCUCUUCACAAAUGUGACCGGGCGAAGUGAUAAUGAAAAGCUGGUGAGGGAGCGCUUGACACAGAUCAGACAAUACUUCAGUCUGCAGGGUUAUGCUAGGGCGGCUGACACUAUUUGGAGGUUCAAGGACGCUGUGGGCCUAACUGGAGACUUCUCUGUCUUGGACGAUUUGCGCAACCAGACGUCCUCUGAGUUUAAGUCAAAGCGACUGGAGAGUAUCGAUGAUCGCUUGACUAGUGCGACUGGAAGCCUUGAGAAGAUAUCCCCAGAAUAUUCCAGUUGCUUCCAGGCCAUCGCGGACUGUGAGGCAUUGGUCAAGUGGCUGAAAGAGACAAUCAGAGACACAUCCGCGCUGAGCACACUUGUCGAUUUGGCGAUGAUUUCCGCUGGCGAGAAUGACAUGGAAGUAGAUCGUAUUUUCCACUUCCACACCAGCUGCCUCAGCUUUGCGCCCCUAAUCUUCAACCUGAGUGAAGAACGCGGGUUUAAGGAGCUGAUGAUGAUUUGUGAACCUGUUUGGAAAGCUUUCCAGCAAGACAAGGAACUGCCAAACAAACUGAGAGAGACCAACCGACAUCUCGAGUGGUUAAAGGGAGUGAAGAAUUCUCACGGAUCAGUAGAAAUGUCAUCGAUCAUGCUGGCGAAAACCAUAAACCAGGGCGGAGUUUACUCAGUGGGAUUCCUUGACACCGGAGUAGACUUUAACAGGAACCAAGUACCGCUGUCCGAGGGACAGACCACCCUUGAUCAAGUGAUCACUUUGACUGUGCCUGUAGACUAUGUCAGUAGAAAUGCAAGAGAAGAGGACGAAAGCGAGAAAAAGACGAUGUAUCUCAACGACCUGAAAGAUCUGCAGAGCAAGUUGAUGCUUAUAGCUGGCAAAACAGCUCAGCUUCAGAACAAAGAAAUAGAGAGUGCUGAAGAGAUCAACGCUUUUGUAGAGGUAUUCGAAGGCAUCAUGCGCUUAGGCAAAGUCUACAUCGCGCUAUGUGAGGCUGGAAACGCGAGAUUCCUGGGUUGGAGGCAAAACUUCGAUUGCCAUGACAACUACCUAACCGGCCAAUCAAUUCGGAACAAGCUGGAUUGCCUGUGUAAGGAGAUGGAAGAUGAACUAGAGGUAUGGCGUGAGUAUAUGAACAGAAAGCGUACAAAGUACCACGAGUUCAGCCACUUCACGACUCGUCAGAUCUUUAUAAUGAGGGAAAAGAUCGGCGCUGUGAGACGUGAAGGCGAAGGCGCAAAAGGUCUCCCUCUUCACGUGCUAUGUCUCUUGGAAAGUGUUCUUCCGGGGAUCAGCUCAAAGCGCCUUAACGAGGCUUUGAUAGAAUGUUUUGGCAUCAAUGCCGUGAGCAACCUCGGCGUACAUCAACAUGAGUUAAGAAGCAGUGCGCAAGUAAACGCUAGCUUCCGUCAUGCGAGCGUACGCGAACAAUACGCGUCCUUCUUUGAAAAAGUCGAGAGUAUGAGUUUUGAUGACCCAGAAAGAGUCGCAGUUGCAUGCCUAAAAGCAAGUGGUACACUGAAAUGCAAUGAUGUCCUGGAGGUUGACCUUUUGGACUGGUGUUUCAAGCAUGGAGAUGAUGAUGAAAUAAUAGAUAUCUGGACGGACGAGGCAAAGCAGGACCGAGCUUUUGCUGAAUUCUUCGAUGACCAGGAAAUGGAUAAUGGCCAGGAAGCCACAGAAGUCCAGGACAGCGAGCUUGAGGAGCAACCUUGUGAGCAUGAAGAAGAGGAUUUUCAGGAGGACACUAAAGAAGGGCUAUACUUAACACUGGAUGAACUGGGAACCCUGUUGCGCGCCCUUACAAUCCGUUCUGAAAUUACGCCGACGGCUCGACCUUUCCCUGAGUAUCUGAAACGGGACCAGCCAAACCUGUUGUUGGUGCCACAAGCCGAAAUUCUUCCAACAGUACUGACUCUGUAUAUGGGUGAUGGUAACAGCCCUCUCCCAAGUGCCGCUGAAGUACUCGCCUGUACACCGGAUACAACUGCUGAAGAAGUAGAGCUGUUUUGGUGGCGGGCGUUUGGUGACAACCAGGAGCAGAUGUUUUGCCUCCUGAACGCGGAUCUUCUCCCGUAUAACGUCAGCCAGGCGGCUGUCAAAAACCUCAGUCACAUGCUGGAGAAUCUCCACAGAGAGGAUUUGAAACUAGUGAUAAUCUGCAGCACGGAAAAUGAGGAUUGCUCACAUUUGAUCGCUGCGCUGGACGCUCAUCGCAUGAAGGCAGCACCAGGUUGUGCGUCCAGGGCCAGGCUGACUCAGUACUUCACAAAGCAGUUCACUUGUAGAGAAGCACAACACGGGUACUACAAUGACCAGAUGGUAUCCUGGACACCAGCCGCGACCCUUGAUAACGACAACCUAUGCGUUCGAGUUGUGACGUCAGAGCGCGCCGGCGUUGGCAAAUCGCUACUGGUCAGCAGACUCUCGGAAAAACUGGCCAAGCUUGAAAACAACAAGAAAAUGGCAAAGGAGCUCAAGGGACGACAGCAAUUCGUUCUGACCGUACCUCUUCACGGGACGGCGGUUGACACCUCCUCCCUGUUAGAUGCGCUCUGGAAGAGUCCAGUUGCAGGGGAACUGCCAAUUUCAAGGAUUAUUCAUCUCGACGUCUCGCCUUUCGUAGUUGAGGGCUUGGAUACUGUGCUAUUCAACCUGCUGGUGCUAGGAGUAAUGAGUGACAGACAAGGUCGUGUAUGGAGGCGAAGGAAAACCGACCUUUAUGUCAUCGAAGUUACCACCGCCAGCUCUUCCAACAAGCUUCCUGGAAGUCAACCUACCGCCGUGAUGUUCUCUCUACUACCAGCAAUCACGUGCAUUACACCACGUGAAACUCUCAAGAUUCUCAAGUCGGAGUCACCAAACGCAGGCUCAAGUCCUUUGUUUGACGCUAUUGAGCUCUCCAGCGAACCGGUGAAACGUGCUUACCAGUACCUCAACGGUCGGGACAAGAACAUGAACCUGGACCAUUUCAAGUUUAGCGCUACACGCUGUAGUCCUCCCGCGGACUGCCUCGCCCUGCUCAUCAAGUACUGUGGUAUCCUAAACCCCUCGUGGUCGGAGUUGAGGCACUUCGUGGACUUUCUUAGUUGUCAGCUUCAGGAUUGUGAGGGAUCAGUGUACUGUGACCCGGCAAUCGUCGGUGACAGCUGGAUGCAGAACACUCUCAGUGGAUUUAAGACGUUUGUUGUGCAGUUCAUGAUUCACAUGUCUCGGGACUUUGCCACGCCUUCUCUUGAUGACGCUGUCACAUGCACAGUGGGCGCAUCUGGUGCCGAAGAGGAAGACGAGGACAUCAGGCCACUUCAAAUCCGGCGGCGAUGGGAGAACAGCCCGCAUCCGUACAUAUUUUUCAACCAGGACCGCGUCACGAUGACGUUCAUGGGUUUCCACAUUAACAAAGAUGGCGACCUUAUCGAUCCUGACAGACUUACAGUACUUCAGAAUACUCUAAUGUCAAGACAACUGAAGACUGGUCUGGACGCGCAGAAAGUCGACUUUGCACCAAAAUACAAGGCCUGGUCUAAGGAAAUGAAAAUUCGGAAGUUGUGUGACGUCAUGGGCAUCACAUGGAGAGUGGGCAUGCUGGACCCAGACCCCAACUAUGAGCUGACCAUCGAUAACAUGAAGAAGAUAUUAGCUAUUCACAUGCGCUUCAGAUGCGGUAUACCUGUGGUCAUCAUGGGUGAGACUGGUUGUGGGAAGACUCGGUUAAUCCGUUACAUGUGUGCGUUACAAGCUUGCCAUUCCAGCGGAGAGGCCAGACAGAACAUGUUACUGAUGAAGGUUCACGGAGGGACGUCUUACGAGGAUAUCAGCAGGAAGGUUGAACAAGCCGAAAAGAUGGCACGUGAAAACGAGACUUUAGGUGUUGAUACUGUGCUGUUUUUUGACGAGGCCAACACCACGCAUGCGCUUGGGCUGAUCAAGGAGGUGAUGGUGGAUAAGAGAGUGAACGGCCGUCCCGUGGGGGAGGGAAUUCGUCGCCUACACUUUAUAGCGGCGUGCAACCCAUAUCGCAAACACACCGACCAAAUGAUUCACAAACUCGAGUCAGCCGGCCUAGGCUAUCACGUGACCUCUCAAGAAACGAAGGAGAAGCUAGGUAAAAUUCCUCUCCGUCACCUGGUCUAUCGCGUGCACGCACUCCCGGCGAGCAUGCGCCCGCUGGUGUGGGACUUCGGUCAGCUGAAACCGGAAAUUGAGGAAAUGUACAUCCGGCAGAUUGUUAAGCGUUACGUGAGUAGUAAAAUGCUACACGUGAUGGAUUCUUGUACUUUAAGAUUAUCUAAAAUGAAAAAUCUAACCGUACCCAUGAUGUUUUGGGCACAGAUUGUAAGUCACCCCCUGGUGGAUGCGAUCUCCAAGGUGUUGGCGGCAUCACAGCAGUACAUGAGGGACCAGAAGGACGAAUGUAGUUUUGUGAGUCUUCGUGACAUUGAGCGAGCCAUGACCGUGAUGCUUUGGUUCUGUCGGCACCAUCAAGCCUUGCGGCCACAGAGGGAGCCCCAAAAAGAUGAUGAUGAUGAUGAUGAGGAUGACAGCGAUGAUGAUGAUGAUUAUAGUGACCAAUCAGAAUCUGAUUCUGAUUCCGAUGACGAGGAUGAUGAGGACGAGAUGGACUUGAACACGUGGUUGCUGGUCAUGAGUCUUUGUGUGUGUUACCACGCUAAGCUACAGUCACGCAAGCCAUACCGCUGUCACGUGGUGCGGAACUGUUCUGUGCCGCUAAACCUCAAAGGAGAAAGACAGAUGGAUAAAGCAAUUAGAAAGUGCCAGCGUGUCAUGAUCAGGGAACUCUCCCUCGGCCCGAACAUCGCGCGGAACAAAGCGCUGACCGAGAACGUGUUCAUGAUGGUGGUGUGCAUCGACCUGAGGAUUCCUCUCUUCCUGGUAGGGAAGCCAGGAAGCUCGAAAUCCCUGGCCAAGACAGUGGUUGCCGACAACAUGCAAGGGGAAUCAUCCAGGUCAAGUCUAUUCAAGAAUUUCAAGCGAGCUCAUAUGGUCUCCUACCAGUGCAGUCCUCUCUCCACCCCUGACGGGAUCGUCGCCACGUUUCGUCAAUGUCGCCGUCUCCAGGAGAACAAUCCAGGGGGACAGUUUGCCUCCGUAGUGGUUCUAGAUGAGGUUGGGCUGGCGGAAGACUCCCCCCUGAUGCCCCUCAAGACUCUGCACCCCCUGCUUGAAGAUGGUGUGACGUCAUCUGAUGACGUAAUCGACGCUGACGAGACGCCGACGCGCGUGGCGUUUGUCGGUAUUUCCAAUUGGUCGCUAGACCCAGCCAAAAUGAACCGCGGGCUCAUGCUGCUGAGGGGUGAACCGAGCGAGGAGGAACUUGUGGACAGCGCCAGGGGAAUUUGUGCCGAAGACCCGACCGUGCAAAGACUCAUCGCUCCACUGCUUGAAGAUCUGGCUGCCGGAUACUCUAAGCUGUACCGACACCAGAAAGGCUUUAAGUCGCUGCUUGAGUCCAAGAGAGACGAGUUUUUUGGCCUGCGUGACUUUUACAGCCUGGUGAAGAUGAUUUACAAGAUGGCCGAGCAGAGCAGAGCUGAACCAUCCUGGAACGACAUCAAGCAUGCGAUUCUUAGAAACUUUGGCGGCUUGGACGAGAUCGAUGCUGUCAAGAUAUUCCAAGAACAAUUGCGAAAUUCAGUCCUUGAUAUCACGACAGAUGAGGCCUCGCCGGUGAAUCCGAUAGAUUUAAUCAAGGCGAGUCUGGACAGAAGAAAUGCCAUUGGUGAGACACGCUACCUUCUUGUGCUGACUGAGAACUACUCCGCCCUGCCCAUCGUGGAGAGUGAGCUCAAGGACGAGGAGUACGUGGUCAUAUUCGGCAGCAGCUUCCCCAAGGACCAGGAGUACACGCAGAUUUGUCGAAAUAUCAAUCAGAUCAAGGUGUGCAUGGAGACCGGCCGCACCGUGAUCCUCCUAAACCUGGAGAGUCUUUACGAGAGCCUGUACGAUGCACUAAAUCAGUACUACGUGUACUGCGCGGAUCAAAAGUACGUGGACUUGGGACUCGGAAGCCAUCGCGUCAAGUGCAGGGUGGAUGACACGUUCAGGUUGAUUGUCAUCGCCGAGAAAGACGUCGUCUACGAGAAGUUUCCUAUUCCUCUCAUUAACCGACUCGAGAAGCACUAUCUCGUCACAUCUAAAAGUCUGUCUGCGAAACAGACCGCGCUGGCAACCAGACUAAAAGCCUGGGUUGAGGAUUUUGCGACCGUGCAAUACCAGCGCCACGAGCAGAACAAACUGACGUUUAAGGUCGGUGACGUGUUCGUUGGUUUCCAUGACGACACUGUAGCCUCGGUGGUGCUGCAAGUGUGUACGAAGCUUGGCGACGAGGACGCAUGCGCACAGAGCGAAGACGAGGACAACGCGGUGGCAAAUGCCGUCCUUGACAGGUGCAAAUCUGUGCUUCUGCAGUGUGCCACUCCGGACGCCCUGGCCCGGUUGUUCCGGACAAAUCUCCGAAACGAAGCUGAUAAGCUGUGGUUGGAGUACUUUAGCGAGCAACCGCACACAUGUCUGUCCAAACUGCUGGCCCACCUUAUGGCAAGUGGACCGGAUGUGACGUCAUCUAAUGGGAUGCUUGUGCAGGUAUCUACUCAUUCCAGGCUCCUCUCGGAGCACGAUCUCCCCGCCGUCUGUGACGCGGUGCAGCUGAAGAGACGGGAUUUGGAGUACCUCACGCUGCAGCAGUUCCAGACCGAGCAGCAGUUCUCAAAACGAAUCAGGGAGUUCUUUGUUCACCUUGGUAACUAUGAAGGGAUGCUUAUCGUCCAGUGCGACUCUGGCGAUGAGAAUUUUAACCUGAUUGCCUGCGCCCGCCAUGUCGUGAUGGAUCAGCGGUUCAAGCGCACAGAGAUGCUCCAGGAGAAACUAAAGAUCGCCCCUGAUAAGAUCGCUCCUCUUCAUCUUGUGAUCGUUGCUCAGCUGUCACGUGUUUCCGGUGGAUGCAAACACUUUGUUGGGUUCCCGGGAGGCAAGUGGCAGUCCUACCACGUGGACGACCUUCGUCCGCCGACCAAUGAGAUUCCGCCAAUUGAACGUUUGAUUGACACCUGCAUAAGCGACCUUCUGAGGCCUGAUGUCUCUCAACAAGACGACGGAGUUCCAAUGGAGACCGACGAAACAACACAGGCACUCACCGUCACCUCUCCAGAAGAGGCAAAAGCUUCAAACCUUGGGGAACUCCCUAUGGAAACUGAUGAAACAAAAGAACCACUUUCUGUGUCGUCCGUAGAAAUCUCCAUGGAAACUGAUGUAGCCGAAGAAAUAACUGCAACCACAAGUCCACAAGCAGUUGCCAUGGUAACACCUAACAAGACAACCUCACCCCAAAUGCAGACGCCAUCACAACCCAAGUGCGUAAAUUCACAAGCGGUGGCGUUACUUCGCAGAAGUGUGCACGCUGCUGCUGGUCGCCUUGACGACAGUCACGUGAUGUCUAGUCGAGGCACACAUCGAGUUGAAAUUAUGCUUAGACUGCUACCAGACGACUUCGCCGAGUGUUCACCAGAUUCCUUGAUGUUUGCCCGUGCGCUCAAUGAGAAGAUCUACAAGCUGGUUUUAGAGCGCGAGACUAAACGGCAGGCGCACUUUGCGAAGACCUGGAUGCAAAGAGUGGCCCUGUCGGGGACAAAUAUGCACGAGAGGGGCACUUUCCGUAAAGCGCUACAGCACAGGGUCUCUAGCGAGGUGGUCCCUUACCUGUCCAAGGUCCUUGCUUACGCCGACAGAGACUGCAACUUGGAUCUUUUGGUGGACAGUGAAGCGUGGAUCAAAAGACUAUGGCUGGCUAUAUUUGGCAAUGAGCACGUCAGCGAACUGUAUUGUGACGUCUCCACCAUCUCCUAUUCCGGUACCGCGCGUGAGCCCGUCCCAGUCUCCGGACGGGGAGGCCAUCACUUCCGCUGUCGCUUCCCUUUCUCCUGGCUCAUCCGGGACUUUGUGGAAGACCUGGAACGCGGAACCUCGGAUUCAUCAGCUUCUCAAUGGACAAGGUCCGAUACCACAGAGGAGAAGAGGUUACGCAGGUUGAUUGACAGUACAGAGCUCGGUUACGUGAUUGCAGAUUUCAGAAGGGAGGGGAUGGAGAGGAAAGCAAUUGCUCGCUACCUGCACGACUUGGUGCACAUGGUGUAUAGGCCGUCCACAGAUCAACAUGACCAGGAAAUCCAGAUUGUUUGCAAUGCGAUCGAGAAGCAAGCAAGGAUUCGUGAGGCAGAAGCAGAGACUCUGGACCUAGCGACAGUUCAUGUUGCGUACAGACAUAUUCAACGGAGACUGGACAACUUAAGCGAGUUGCUGCACAUACAACCGGGUGUCCUGAGAAAUCUUCAGCGAGCAGAUGAGGGCGCGGAGAUGAUGCUGGAUGCGGUCGCGCUGCAGACGUGCCUGGAAGGCCUCGUGCCUAGUGUCCAGGACCUCCAAGACCAUGACGGUGUUUCUCGCUGGUGCGCCAGGGUAACUUGCCUCAGACAAACUGUGGAAACCAUGACGAGCAAGGAAAACUUUGACAAGACAGACGAGAAAAGUGGAGGCUACGGGGAAAGGACUCAAAACAUCAUUAAACACUGCUGGUCAUUGUGGCAGAGGGCCUCAAUCGUCCGGCUAUUUGUUGAGCACGUGACUAGUCCCGAUGACCACGCCGUCAACUCAGCUAACUUGCAAAAGUUGUGGAAGAUUCUCGGCGAUGAGACAGAUAUGAUGGCAAACGAGGCUCUUGAGGCACUCGAGAGGUUCCUGAAGGAUUGCAGCCAGGAAUUUUGUCAUCGACAUAAUUGGGCUGAAGAGUUGACCUGCCCCAUCUGUUUGCGUGAAUGCCGCGUUCCGUCCUCUACGCCAUGUCAUCACCUCACGUGCCUCGAAUGUGCUCGGAGAUGGUUCAAUGAACAGAGCGGGUGCCCUGUGUGCAGACAGCAUGUCCCGGAUGGCUAUGAACCAGCGGAAGACCAGGAGAGAAUGGAGAUUUUGGCACUCGUCAAGGAAUUUCGUCACUCUUGCAACUCGUUCUUCAUGGAUGUCGUGUCGAUGUUCUGUUUUGGUUAUUCGCCAUGCGGAACACUUCAACAAGGCGCGUUCCAGACGCUGAUGGGUUAUGCAACUAGUGAGCGUUCAACAAAGAGUUUCUCUCCAUUCCCUGAUUACGGCAUCGAUAUCAACCCUGUGGUGCGAUCAUUUUUACUCCAACAACUUCUCAAGUCAAGUGACACAAAGGCGAAGGAGUUAUUGGCAGAGUUCGUCUCCAGUGCCGAAGAGCGAGUCGGUCUGGAGAAUGUGAUGGAGGUGUUUGUGCUAUGCAUCCAGUGUAUCGAGGACGCACGGUACAGUGACUUCGUCCGACGCACCGCAGAGUUCCCUCUUGAGAACAAGAUCGGCUUGACGGAGCGUGCCCUUUGUCAGAUGCCCGUCAAGCCUUUUAGCGAACCAGCACCUGGCCACCCCAAUGUGAACGUCCCUACACUCCAAGCCAUUGCGGUGACCCGAUUCGCGCUGACACAAACAGCGGAGUUCAUCCACCAGCGCCACACAUGUGGGACGCGAGAGUGGGAGACUGCUGGAGUAGUGAACGCCCUAAAUGGUCUGCUUAAAGAGGUCAAGAAGGUCUGCAUGAACGGCGUAUACCAGACCCCGCGCCUGUUUCUACUGAAGCAGCUCGCUAACCGGUUUGGUGUGGACGCCUUGAAGGAGUUAGCGAGUACUGGUGGGCUUGGGUGGAUUCUGCCUCCUCGGGAUACUGCGGCUCCGCGUGAGGCUACACCAGACCGCUUUCUGGUAUAUGGACACAACUACCAGGGUCUUCGAGAAGCUAUAGCACGUGCAGCGGUAUCUAGUGACGUCACUGAAGUCGCUCAGAGCCUGCAGGGCCUGGUUACUCAAGGUGACCCUUUUACCGAAGUCAUGAUGUCGCUAGCAUUACUACAGGCUGUUACCGCUGACCAGCAACGUAUUUCGCCAAAUAGUAUGCAAGUCCUGAAUGAUUUUAUCUUGGCGUCACGACAAAUCCGGGAACAGCCUCGCCGUUUAGCGCUAGAACUGGUCUCAGACGUCACGCAAGAAAGUCACAGUGUCGUCUCCCUGAUGGUUAUGAGUGGAAGUACUCCGCGUGACAGGUCGAUUGCAGAGAUUGUGUUACAUCUCGCAGCCGUGCUUUCAGCUCAUGAUGAACAGACUCUUGCUCACCCAUUGGUCGCCCUAGCACGCAACCCCGACGCAAUGGCGCGUUCAUUUUUACCAACGAUGCCAGAGGACAUCAUCCCUGAAGUGAGAUCCGCAUUUUCGGGAACAGGGCAGUUAUAUGAAUGCCCAAACGGACAUCCCUAUGUUAUCACUGAAUGUGGCAGGCCAACCCAGCAGUUGAAUUGUACGGAGUGCAGAGCUCCAAUUGGGGGUAUUAGUCACAACCUUGUAGCAGGAAACAGGCCGGCUCAAACUGGAGAUCGGACCAACACCGGUCAUUGUAUCGGCGCAGCAACGAAUCGGUCUGUCGCACCAGAGAGAGGCUUGUCAUCUGUCGCGGUGUCUUUUGUCCGCCUUCUGGUUCACGGCUCGAUGCUGAUUGGCUCAUUCCAAGAUGCACAGCACGUGGCUCAGAUGAUUACCCCGUACGUCACACCAAACGCGGUACAGCAAUUCCUCUGGAAUCACGUGGCCAACGACUUGCGCCUUCUCACGCAAAGCAGCGGUCGUAGCGUGGAUGAUGCAAUACUCAGCGUCCAUUUGCUGAUACGUAACAUCGCUACACAUGCGCAGAUGAAUGCAGGUAAUUAUGGAAUGCUGAAGUCCAAGCAAGCCCGCGCUCUGUGGGAACAGCAGUUCAAUCAGGUUGUACUGGCCCCGACCCUCGUGAACGUUAAUGAGUCAAUUCAACAAAGCCUGCAGUUGAUUGCAAACGACACAAGAUUCGGUAUGCAUUUGUCCUUUACAGGGGGCUCGGACCCACUCCUCCGCCAGCUAUACGAGCUUGACGCGGGCGCAGAAGAUCUCACCCAGGGUAUCAACCCAGGAUGCACCGCCCUUUGGCGCCACAGGAAUCCCGUCAGUUUAGAUCACGUGACUCGAGCCUUUAACGAGUCGCAAACAGACCAGUACCCAGUCCUAAAGGCGUUCCUGGAGCAGGAAAGUGUGUUGCGUGCAAUCCGGCUGCUCCCAGAUGUCUUGAGGCUACAAAGGCUGUUAAUGGAAAGGUUUCACCGGACACUGGACCGUGGCCGGACAGAUAAACUCAAACUCAAGGAGUUCUACAAGCAAAUUCGCCCCGGCACUGCCAAAGAGUACCGCAAGCUUGUCCCAAGUUUCCGGUCCGCGUGGAAGAUUUUCAAAGAAAGUGAAAACAUACCAGGCGCAUCCGAAGCCGAGAGGCGACUGUUGGAGACUGAUGUUGGAGACGACUGCCCGGUUGCCCUAUUCCUCCCGUCCAAUAGUGGCCCUGGGACCUGCUCACUUGUGCUAGUCAGAUUCCUGGUGCAUACUCACAACGAGCUACUGCAGCUGUACAAUCGGUCAGCGGACAUCCACAGCAGCGAUGUGCCCCACGUACCGCUGGCCAAAGUGAGAGAGGCUCACUUAGUGUCCUAUAACCCUGACCGGGACCUUUUGCCACUGGUGCUCGGGCAAUGCCGCUACUCGUUCGAGGUUGCACAGGGAGCCCAUGUAACGUACGACUGGGUUGGCAUGGAAAGACAAGUGAUUGACAGGUUUAUACGUGGGAGGGCGCUCAUUGACUUCAAGGAGGAUCGCUACAUCCAAAUGUCGACCGUCAGCGCAGACUCGGUGCUUACGUCACUACGCGACAAAAUACCCCAGGAGUCGUUGUCGCUAGCCAUUCAGCACCAGAUCGCGAGUUCUUAUCGCUCGCUCCAGGACCUCACGGAAGCACUGACGUCCCUCACCAUCGCUAUCACAUUCCUGGGCUCAGGAGGUGGGAAACCAGAUAUGCCGGUCAGCGGAUUCAUGAGAGAUGUCCUAAGCAUGCCCAGUGAUUUAGGACUUCGUAACCGAAAGGCAGAAGAAGUUUGCCAGCUUCAACAUGUGGUUUCCCUGUGGUUUCUUUUGAAUAUCGAGCGUGCCAAGCACCUGAUGGCCAGUGGACAGGACCCGUUUGAACAUCUUCCGAAUAAGUUCAAGGACAAACUAAGGAGCGAUACUGACGAAUUGCGGCUGAAUGAAGAGCUCAGAAAACUGGACGAAGCCAACAUCUACUCUCUGCUCACUACACUGCUAGAGAUCAUCAUCUUACGGCUCGACCAAUCAGACAAGUUCAAUCACGAAUCAAGUCUGCAGGAUGUCAUGCCUUGGAUCCUUGAGGACAGAUCUACACCUGAAAUCAAGAACAUUCCUCAGAACGUACAGCUUAAGCACAUCGUUCACCUCUGGAGAACUGUGGUCAGGCUAAGUGACAGUAACCAUGAACGACGUAGGCGGGGCACCACUUGAUUGACAGUAACCAUGAGAAACAUAGGCAGGGCAUCACUUGGCUAGCACUGGCCAUAACUAAUGUAGGCUAGGCACCACUUUGUUGGCAAUAACCAUAUAUAACGUAGAAAUGGGAUUCUUGGUUGAGAGUCACAAUGAGCGACCCAGGCGGGUCUCCACUUGAUGGGCAAUAACCAUAGGCAACGUAGGAAGGUUACCCUGAAGCAAGGGCGCAGCGCUUGAUGUCCAUAGCCUCAGCUAGAUUUUCAUUUUGGGAAAUCCUCAGUCGUUCGUGUUUGUUGGGAGGAUGACAGAGACUGGAAAAACAAGUUGAAAUUCUUAUUACACCAAUUAUAAAACUUAACCACCCUAUAAUUUUUAAACCAUGCUGCUUGGGAUCCACAAUGUUGAAUAGCGGUUUACAGCCUCUGGGCUGUGUGUUCUAUUGGUGUUUGUUUUAUUUUAGGGCCAUGUUUAUUGCCAACAAUUUGUAUACGAAUUAGGAGCGCAAUUCGUGCAUGUAGAGAUGUAUGAUAGUUUUGAUUAAAAAUGUGCUACUGUUGUCUUACAUGUCAAUAACAACAAAUUUCUGCAUUGGUUUGCAACAAAGACACCAGAGGACCUUAAUCAUAAUACCUGAAAUACAUUAAUGUUCAUUAAAACGAUAAGAAAAGAAAAAAAGGACACAUGUACAAGGGUUUUCUUUUUUUAUAGAUAUAAACGUUAAUAAAUUUCUUUUGCAAUUCCUA